UUGAUCUCAAAACAGUUUUCUGUUCCCAAAACUAUUAUCUGUUAUGUAAAGAGUGGACUAAGAUUCGUAGACUUUACCCUUUGCAAAAGUUUUUUAAAAUCGCGUUGUUUAGAAGGUGCGCAAAGUGGGAUUGAGUUAUUGCACACGCGCACUUCACAGAGUAGGCGUUCCCUAAUGGACAUAUGCAGAUAUAUGCUACAACACGCCAAUAGGAUUUCGCUAGCUCGUGCUUGGCUCUGCCCACCUCCUUGAGUGUUCUGCCCACUAUGACUAAUUUGUUCCCAUUGGAAACGACUGGCUGUGGUGUAUCUUGGUUUACUUACAAAAUCUUCGCUACAGGUGAGCGACAGCGCUAUCCCAAAACGCAAACCAGCUAACUUACCGUACAUCCCCUUGCACUGCAGUUGGGCCAAAUGCGGUGACGUUUCUUUCUCUCGCGGCAUAUAUCACACAGCGGAUACACUUUUGCAGAUAAACCAUGACUGCUAAACGACCUUAUUAGACUCCAAAGCAGACACGUAGGUCCCUUUAAGUUAAGAUGAACAUUGAUGAGAAGCUGGAGGGGAUGCUGCUGAAGUGUGGUGGGGGAGUGGAUGAGCGGGUGGGGAUAGGGGGUGGAGGUCUAGUCGUCAUGACCCUGGGCGAGAGGGGGUUAGCCCACCACCCCCUGUUAGCAGACGAUGAUGAAGAGGAUGACGAUGACCUGACAGGGGUUUCAAUGGUGUCCCAUGACCUGAUCCCAACUGAUGAUAUGGUGGUACAUGAGGAGACUGUGAAGAAUGACAGGGAAGGGGGAAUGAUGCAGAGACUCUCUCACAAGCUGCCUGUAAGCAUCAAACAAGAGUUGAAGCUGACUUCUGAUCCACUGAUGCUGGGGAAGAAAGAUAGAAAACAGCCCAGAGAUCUCACAACCGAGUGUCACAAGAAGAAGAAGCGAAAGCAGCGCUCUCCUGCCAAGAUUCUCACCAUCAAUGAGGAUGGAUCACUGGGUCUCCAGAGUCCAAAGUGUCAUGUGUGUGGGCACUGCAACGCAGCCUUCCGAACCAACUACCAUCUACAAAGACAUGUCUUCAUUCACACUGGUGAGAAACCAUUUCAGUGCAGCCAGUGUGAUAUGCGCUUCAUACAGAAGUACCUUCUCCAGAGACAUGAGAAAAUCCACACUGGUGAGAAGCCCUUCCGCUGUGAGGAGUGUGGUAUGAGGUUCAUUCAGAAAUACCACAUGGAGAGGCACAGAAGGACCCAUAGUGGAGAGAAGCCCUAUCAAUGUGACUACUGUCACCAGUUCUUUUCCAGAACUGACCGGGUUCUAAAGCACAGGCGCAUGUGCCAUGAGAUGAAGGAGAGGAAAGCCCACAAGGCGGCAGCAGCGGGGAAAGAUGGAGGACUCCUGUGCAACACAGAAUCUCUGGGCUUCUCUGCCAAAGAGUGCUCGCUGCCCAAGAAGAAACGCCUGAAGACUUCAGACAAGUCUCAAUGCUCUCUCUCAGCUGCUGCCACUGAAGACGUUGCCACGGUCGCUUCUCUUGGCGGCAUGGAUAAGGAGGUGGAGCAAAGACUGAACAAAAUUGAAUGUCUACCUCUCUAUGCGGUUACCUCCAAGGUGGUGAAAGAUGAGUAUGUGGUGAAAGAUUAUUCUGUGGAGCUUCCAGACUCGUCCGGCGAGCGGCGGUUGGGGCUGGGUGGGGAGAAUCUCUCCUCUGAAGAGAUUCAUCCUCCCAAGCUGGUCCUUAAGAAGGUCCCCAAGAGGAGUCUGAAGCAACCAACUGAACCUGAACUACCUGUGAGUCUGUCCCCUUUGUCCUCUUUUGAAGAUGGCAAAAUCACCAGGUACACGUUUGAGAUCGUGGACAAACAAGGUCUUCUGGACGUGGAUGUGGCCAACUCUGACCUGGAGCCAGUAGAUGCUCUCCAAGGAGGGCAGACGAAACCAGCAUCCAGCAGCACAAACUACGACGACGCAAUGCAGUUCCUGAAGAAGAAGCGGUAUCUCCAGCAGGCCGCUUUGGCCAACAACCGCAAUUACGCCCUAAAUGUAAGCAGCAUCACGUCCCAGCCUUCCGUUAGACAAGCCGCAGUGGCCAGUGUCAUCGACGAAACCGUUCCCUCCACCAUCUUGGAACCACAGCCGUUGAGCAUCGAGAUCAAGUCCAGCCACGACAAGAACGUUCUCCCGGAUGAGGUUCUCCAGACUCUCCUGGACCACUACUCAAACAAGGCCAAUGGGCAACCUGAUAUCUCCUUCAGUGUGGCCGACACGGAGGUGACCUCUAGCAUCUCCAUCAACUCCUCGGAUGUGUCUGAGGCCAGCCCGGUAGAGAGCCUGGGAGGUAACCCUCAAGCCCCACCAGCAGAGAAGUCUAGCCUCCUGCACGAGUACUCAAAGUUCCUUCAGCAAGCACUGGAGAGGACCAGCCAGAACGAUAGCUACUUGAGCAGCCAGAGUCUUACCUUUGUCACCGAGAGCCCCAGCCUCUCCAACCAGCCUCUGUUCUCCACAGAGAAACAGUACCCUUCCCCCAGCAGGUUUACCACUGGUACUGGUAGGUCAGGGAUGAACUCUCCACUACGCUCUACCUUGGAGAAACCCCAUUUUGGACUCCUUGUAGGGGAUUCCCAACAUUCUUUCUCAUUUUCGGGGGACGAAACGACCCCCUCGGCUGUGUCGCCAACCGAAGACUUUCUGGAGGAAGUUACAUCCUCGAAAAAGACUGAUGCUCAAGGGUUGCAUCAGACUUUUCAAAUCAGCACCUUCGAUCAGAACUUCCGGUCACAGUUCCAGGCCUCGUCUCGUUCUGGAAUCACCUCCCAAUUUACUAUUGCCAAUGGACAAGUCAGUCUGCGAAGUCACGGAACAGACUUCUCUGAAUUCCCACUUGAGACGAGGUCUCAAUUAAACUCUUCCCCUGAUGCUACAAGGAGUCAAACGUUUGGUUGAGGAUAUUUUUAUUUAUUUCUGCGAUCAUUUCGGAAGGCACUUUUAUAUACAUAUCCUCUGUUCUGCCAAAAUAGGUUACACUGCAAAGGUGGCUGAUGCUCAAAGCAUUUGUGAUUACAAAAUAUAUAAUUUUCUGUUGAUUUAAAAUGGAACAUUUUGGUAAUCAUUAACAUAGAAAAUAUGUAUAGGAAUCACUUUCCCAAAUGUAAUUGGGUUGUGGGAGGAAAAAGCACUCAUGAGGUUUAAUAGAAUAUAAAUUAAGAAAUGUAAGCCACAAAGGUGUAAUGAAAAGGAUUUAGUUGCAUAAUCACUCUUACAUUAUAAUUUUUUCUGUUUUCAUUUUCUGCUCGACUUUAAUCAUGUUUCUUCCACGUUUCUUUUUGUUGCUUUAACUUUCACCAGGUAUCUGGGCCUUUAUUCAUAAAGCGUCUUGGAGUAGUAGUUCUGAUCUAGGAUCAGUUUUUCCUUUUAGAUCAUAAUGAGUAAGACAAUAUGGACAGGGGGCCGGCUGGUUACCUGGCUACCCAUCAACAUCGCUCCGGCCAACUGACGUUUGUUCUCCACAAUGAGUCUGGAUUUGCCUGCCUACCCUGAUGAUUUGUAGAAUGCGAACAAAUUCUGACCCUUCUGAUUGGUCCCAGAAACCGAUGGGUUGGGCUAGCGCCAACCAAAUGACAACGUUAUCACCUUUGAUACUCUGAUUAGAUUUGUUAGACGACCCAAUUGCUGAUUUUUUUUUUUUUUUGUAGAACGCCCCUCAUUUUGAAGUCACACAAACGACUUCUAGGAU